UCGAACUGUACUGACUGUGCUUUCCCCCCGUCUUCUUUCAGCCAGCAACCCCAUGGACUCCAAGCGCAGGGCAGAGAGUUGGAAGAAAAACAGGAGGCAGCUGGCGUAUUCCACGGUGGGCACUCCUGACUACAUCGCUCCCGAAGUGUUCAUGCAAACGGGAUACAACAGCGCAUGCGACUGGUGGUCCCUGGGCGUCAUCAUGUACGAGAUGCUCAUGGGCUACCCCCCCUUCUGCUCUGAGACGCCCCAGGAGACGUACCGCAAGGUGAUGAACUGGCGGGAGACGCUGGUCUUCCCCCCCGAGGUGCCCAUCUCCGAGGAGGCCCGGGACCUGGUGCAGAGGUUCUGCUGCGAGGCCGAGAGGAGGAUAGGGGCCGACGCCCAGGAGAUCACCCGACACCCCUUUUUCAAGGGGGUGGACUGGGAGCACAUCAGGGAGCGUCCUGCGGCCAUCCAGGUGGACGUCAAGAGCAUCGACGACACGUCCAACUUCGACGAAUUCCCGGACGUCGAUCUCAAGAUACCCUCCGCCCCUGCCCCCAAGGAGGGCGACCCCGGCUACAAGGACUGGGUGUUCAUCAACUACACGUUCCGGCGCUUCGAGUCUCUCCUCACCCAGAUGGGGGUCAAGCAGUCCAAGAGGAACUGAGUCUUUCACUCCACGGGAACACUUCUCCCUCUGCGUUUCCCGUUUUUCGCGGACAUUCCGCCACGGAGGCUCUCUCGGUGGGGUUUCUCCGUAGUUCGUGCGGGAUAUCGGGCCUCAGCGUAGACUGCAAUUAUCUGAUUUUCAGAGAAGUCAUUAAUUAAAGAAUGCUUCAAAACAAUGUCUUCGGCAGUACUUUUAGUUCAGUAGAUAUUUACAGUAAGGGACCCCAAUUUUGAAAAUAAAAAAAAACUGGUACCCAGAAUUAUUUUCUUUUUUUGCUUUAAAAAAGUAAUAAGGAGUAGAUGUUCAUA